UGCAGCAGCCGCGGUAUUUAGGCAGCUAGGCCGGUUUAGCCAGCAGCUGGAUAAAAAUGGGAGGCUCAGACCUCGUAACAUAAUCAUUGGAAAGCUUAUCCAUUGCGAUAAGAAAAUUUUAUAUAAGCAGGAAACAUAUAUUUUUUUAAUGACGCGUAUUAUUAUCAUACUCUUGAUUAUUAAAAUUUUCAUAAAUUAACUUUUAGGCACACGUUGACAUAGAAGUCAAAGGCACGCUUAAAAGAUGGCUGAGGCUACAAGAAAUGUUCAAGAGCUGGAUUCCUUAUUAAGGAAUGGGGUGCAUUCUAUCAACAUGCUUGGAGCUGAGGAGUUCAUCGUCCUCGUCGGGUGCACAGGCAGUGGAAAGAGCACCUUCCUCAAAUUCCUGCUCAAAGACCCAACCUUGCAAAUUGCUAUGAACAGUCAAGAAGACUGCAUUUUUAUUGAUGGCGAAUCAACAAUUGGCAGUGAAGACUGCCUCACGUCCAAAACCCUUAUGCCCAACCUGAGGAUAGAUGAAGAAACCGGCAUCGUGGUCUUGGACUGUGCCGGAUUUGAGGACACGCGAAGCGAGGAGAACGAUCUGAUCGCAUCGUUCCUCAACAAAACGGUUUUGGAUAAGGCCAAGAAAAUCAAGCUCGUGGUCGUCGAGAGUUACGACAAGCUCAAGUUGAAUGCAGAUCGGAAUGCGUUCAUGAACGUCCUGAGCCACGUUUCAGGUCUCCUCAAAUAUAACCACACAUCUUUCACAAAUUCUAUUUGCUUCGUGGCGACUAAAAUAUUUGAGCCGUUCAAGAGCGACGAAGCUUUGAUCCGAUUUGUUAAAACUUUCUUUGAACAUGCAAUCAAGAGUCUGGAAGAGAAAUACGGUGCUCAACCCGAUUCUGAGGAAAAAUUGAGAGAAAUGGAAAUUCUGCGAUUUCUGAUUGCCAAUAGUCAAAUUGGAAUUUUCCGCAGACCAAAUGAGGUUGCUGAUGACCCAUGGAGCUUGCCAGCACUACAGGAGAAUUUCAAAAACUUGAGAAAACUGCUCUUUGAAGAUGUGGAGUACACGCCUGAUAAUUGCGGCGAAUUCAACAUCGUGGUUUCCCCCAAGACUAAACUCUGGAUUCGCGGCCCGAUGAUCAAGAACACUUUUGCAGACCUUAAAACCUUAAUUUCAUCUUUGGCCAACACUAUUGAACAAUCGAUCGAUGCGAAACUGGGAGAAAUACCCGGAGAAGUUGAGGAGAAAUUAAAAAAAACUGCCGAGCUUGGCGAAUUAACCGUCGCCAAGUUGUCUUCAAUCAAAUCUCUGCAGGGCCUUGAGAAUUUCGUAGUGAAUGAAGCAGGAGUCCAGGAAGAGACCAUGGAAGAGUUUAAGUUUCAAGCAGACAAAGUUAUGUUUUUCUUUGGCGUUGCUGAAAGGGAUGAAGGCGAAAUCAAAGAAUUGAUUAUUGGUCUGAACGGCAAACGCGACGCCAUUAUCGCAAAAAUUAAACAACUUGUUGAGGUUAAUAAUUUCAUUUUGGAUCUUGCAAAAGAUUCGGAAUCGUGCGAAGUACGUCUGGUGAACGACAAGUGCAUGGAGCUGUUCAACGAUCUGAACUGCGCCAAAUUCCAGCUGAAAAUGACCAACCUCCUAGGACUCGGAUUCAACGAGCGCAUUUCUCUUCAAGCUCUAAACCUGAGACAGAUCAGCGAAAGCCAAAUCACCGAUUUGAAAGCCCUGUUCCAGAAGAAAAAUGAAAACCAUUUUUCUGCUGAGUGGACGAAAAACGGCAACUGCCUACUUGUGCUUGGAAGGUUCGUUUUUCUCAGCCAAGUAUUAAAAGAGAUCAACUUGGCGAAUCGGCAAGAAAAUGUUAAACAGGUGGUUGUGGCAGCCACGCAGCACCUCUACAUCGAUUGCGACCUGAACCUGCAGCACACUCACCUGGCGCUAAUGGCACCCAGAAUCGAGAGCAUUAGGGAGAAAAGAAUUAUUUUUCUCAGGGGCGAAGAUGCUCCUGAAUCUCACGACGGGGAUGAACAAGUAGCUUAUCCGGCAUCAGAAGAUUAUCCGGGACGAGAUGGCAUUGACGGAAACCCUGGAUUCAGCUCGGGAAGCUUCACCCUGAUUGCUCUGGAUAUUAUUAAUCCAUCUUUACUGGAGGUCAAAUCGAAUGGAGGAAACGGAAGUGACGGCCAAGAUGGAGGAGAUGGCAGGGAUGCUCCCGAGUGCCCAUUUCCAUCUUUUGAACAACGUAGAUUAGAAAUUGAAUCACAAGAAGAUCUUCUUGCUCACAUUGCGAACGAUUUUGAGGCUUCAGGCUACACAGUGGAAAUUUUUCACUCCAAUCAAAGCUCUCAUUACUUUAUACUGGUUGGCAUGAAAUCCGCCGAUUUUGACAUGAAACUGACCAAACACUCAGAAAUCAAACCGACAGAUGGUGGGCGGGGAGGUAAUGGCGGUUCACUUGCUGUGGAGGGUGACCUUAAUCUCAGGGUCGAAAACAGUGCUGCUUUAGAGAAGGUUUCAAUCAAUUGUUCGAAGGGGGUAAACGGCACACCGGGAAAUGGAGGAAUGGCUGGCAGCAACGCUCGAGGAAAAUUUCGGAAAUACAAGUGCAAGCUCAGCAAUAUUUUCACUCUUUUCGGAGGAGCUAACACUUGGACCAUCAGUUCAAAGGAAGUAUUGGAAGAGGGAGAGUGCAAUAGUAAGUUUGACGACGCCGACGACGGAGAAUGUGGAGAGAUUAAUGAAUCCUGUAGGCCGCAUUACAAGUACCCACUGACGGAAUUACUUUCGAUUGAGGAUAUAGUAAAUUCCCUGAAUGACUACGCUAUUAAAAUCAAAUUUAAUCAGGAACCGAAUUUCUUAAUUUUCAACAACUUUUUAACAGCGGAAUAAAAUUUCUUGAAUUAGGGUCUUCAGAUUUACCUUGAGGUCCAUUAACAAAGUUUCCAAUUUCCCGUUUCACACCUCCCAUAAAAACUUUAAUCUUAAUGCCAUUCUCGUGUUCCGCUUACUAUGACA